AUGGAGAUUCCCUGGGGAUGCCUCCAGGGUGUGCUGGGCACCGGCAGCAGCACAAACAGGGACACCCUUCCCAACACCGUCCUCGCUGGCUCCGGGAUGGCUGAGCUGGAAGGACACAGUGCUGGGUGUCCCCAGGGUGACAGCAGCCCUGUCCCAUGGGAGCAGGAGCAGAGCUGGGCUCCUCUCCUGGGCUCCAGCCCGGGGGACCGGAGCAGCUCCAGCUCCAUCUGCACCGAGGACUUCGCUGCCAGGUUCCAGGAGGGAAUGGUGGAACCCCUGCUGCCUGAGGAGGAGGAAGAUGAGCUCACUGGGGUUGUCCCCACUGAGGGAGCUGACCCUGGGCAGGAUGAGUCCUUGUUCCCCACAGGGAGAAGUCUGGAUGUCCGGAGACAGCUGGUGACGUAUCCGGGCAGAAAACUCUGGGGGGACAGGUCUCCAUCCCCGAUGAGGAGGGGGAGCCUGGAGUCCCUGGGAGCCAGGAUAUCCCGGCUGAGCCAGAACCACGUGCUGGGGGUGGCCCGGGGGGAGCCCUGCCCAGCCCCCUCUGCCCAGCCAGCCCUGGGCCGGGGGGAUUCUCCCCAGGGGGGUUCAGGCUCCAGGGAAGACCUGUUGGCCUUUUCCCUGCCUGGGCAUCCCCUGAGGACUCCAGGGAUCUCUGCUGGCAGGAGCAGGGCCGGGGCAAGGACAGGCUCUGCCAGUUUGCCCAGUGCCAGGACCAGGGGACAUCCCUCCAGCAAGGCCCUGGGCCAGAGGCUGCAGGAGCCACCAGCUCUCCGGGGACAGAGCAGAGGGAAUGUCACCCUGGCUGUGGAUGACACGGAGGGGGAAGGAGCGGGCAGCAGGAACAGAGCUCCCUGCUCGGAUCACCGUGCUGAGGCAGCACUGGGAGCACCGGGAGCACCGGGAGCACUGGGAGCCCCCGGGACAGGGGUGUCACCUGUGUCCUGGUGGCAGCGGGGGAAGCACAAAGUGGGGCUGCCCUGCCAGCGUGCAGUGGCACAGCCGGUGUCACUGCAGAGGAGCCGGGAGGGGACACGAGAGCCGGGAUCUGGUGCCAAGACUCGGAGUGGAGGGGACAGAGCCAGGGCUGGCCUGGCACUGCUGCCACACUCCUGGGACAGCUGGCACAGGCACCCCACGGACCGGGAGAGGAUGUCUCGGCAGGGGCAGGGAGCCUGUGCCGGCUGCCGGGAGCGGCUGGGGAAGGAGGGAAGGAAAAUGUUGGCUUUGCAAGAGGAGAAACUCGAGCUACUGAAGGUCAGUGAACUCCCAGCUUUUCAGUGGGGCCGAGAUCACACCAGAGGGGCCGUGGGAAGGAGCACACACAUCACACCCCUGCACACACAUCACACCCCUGUCAGGGCUCAGCCCCUUAUCCAGGCACGCACAUGUCCCAUGGGAAGAGUUCGGGGCCGCCCAAAUUCCUAAAGAGCCAAACUAGAUCUAUCCCCAGGAAGGUUUUAUUGAGGGGCUGGGGCUUUUAAGAGAAGAGUUUGUUGGGAAAACCACCCUUACGGCUGUAGGCAGAUGGGGUGACUGGUCUGCAGGUCAGAAGGUCCCUGGAGAUCCCCAGCAGAGGCAGAGAGAGCUGGGAUGUGGGGGGUGGGCAGGGCUUGAUGCCAGGGUGAGGAUACCCAGGCUGACAGCACUGACUCACCAAACCUCAGCUCU